UUGCGCGAAUUACGGUUACGAAAGGUUGCUGUCGACAAAGGGCCGGCGUCCAAAACAAACAUUUUCACAGUGCCAGUCAUUACCAUCUCCCAGAGUGCGUUCGCCUCACUGUGUGUCUGUGUACAGUGUGUGUGACUCGGUGUUUGUUUCGCGAAAUUUAAACGAUUUUAUUGGAGAUUCGAAAAGAACACUCGCCACACCAGAAUAUAUCUCGGAAACACACACAUAUCGACAUCGGAACUGACCUACGCUACGACAAAGCACUUUAAGGUCCUAACUGACCUAAGUCACAAGAAGAAGAGAGGAGCCUGACAAUACUCGUAGUUGAGGAAAGUCAAGAAGCUUUUGCACAUUUUUAGCCGUUUACAGUAAACAGUAAUAAAAUAAUAAAUAUAAAAUAGGAAUAUGAAUAGGACCUAAUCUAGGAGUAGAGGAGCGCUAGUCUAACACUCUUUGCUUUGAAUUAUCAUAUCAGUUGCAAUCGCACAGAGAACAUCAAGAUAAUCCCAGGAGGGUUUCGAACUCUUUCGCUAGAAGGAGGCAAAGUAAUCCCGAACCAAUUCUGAACUUCGCUCGCUUAAACGUUAAAUGGUUGUGAACUGUAGUAAGCAAAUAGCGAAUUAGCUGCGUAGAAUCUUCGCAUCUUUAUCUAUCCCAUAAAGCAUAGUAAGUGUCGUAGAUAACUUAGUAAAUAGAUCGUCCAAGAAUUUGUUGGCCUAAGGAGGAUUAUCGCGAACUGUAGUAAUGUAGCUCUCAGUUCUCAGAUUAUAGUGAAGUGAAUAAAAUCGGUGCAUAAUUCCGAGUUACCCAUUGAAAAUAGUGCUUACAAGAACUGUGAGUAAGAAACGCAAGUUUAAGUGUUUGGAAAAUGUGAAAGAAACACGAUCGAGCUUCGAAAAACUCAGAGCUCUCUUGAGUUGAACAAUUCCAUAAAUGGUCUCUCUGCUGGUGGUCGUUGCGCUGCUUUAUUGAAGCAUCGGGCUCUCAUCCCCCUCCCACAUAUAUGCGUCACUAAUUUGCAAUGAUGAGUUAUCAGAAGGGACUCAAGGAUCCAAUCGUGGACAGGCAUACCACUAAAGCCAAAUCGCGGCAUUUUACGGUGAAUGGUCUGAGUGCCAAUAACACGCUUCAGCAGCAGCAACAAUUUAACCUGCAACCAUCGAAUGACACUCGUAACAUCUACAACAAUCCCUACAUACCACCCCAACAGCAACAGCAGCAACAGCAACAGCAACAACAGCAGCAGCAGACCCAGCAGCAACGUACUGCUCACCUGUUCAAGGCCCUGGCUGCAACUACUGCUGGGGGAAGUAAUAGUCUAAGCCAUCCCUACGACUUCUCUAACUCAUCCUCUUCGUCGAAUGCCAAUAAUGAGCAUCAAGGAUCAUCGUCUUCGGAAGCAGAGAACGCUUUUUUAACUCAUAAUAACGGUAAGUGUGGGAAGUAA